UUAAAUUUAAUCUCAUCAGGUUUUAAACUCAGGUUCAGUUUUUCGCUGAAAUUACCGACAGAUUUAGACUUCAGAACAAAUCAAAGAAGCGCUGAAUCAUCAGUAAUGACACGGAAAUGUCUGCCUUAACUGCAUCACGCUGCUCCACUUUGCUGUUUGUUGGAGUCUUUGUGUUCGUCUCUGCAGACCAGAAAAUCAUCAUCACAGCUGAGCCUGGACAGGACGUCACUCUGACAUGUCGAGCUCCAAACAACAACAUCACAGGUGUAGAGUGGAGCAGAGCUGACCUGACAGAUGAACAUGUGCUUUUGUACCGGGAUGGGAAGUUUGAUCUAGACAACCAGCAUCAAUCUUUUAAGAACCGGUCUGAUCUGCAGGACAGACAGAUGAAGGAUGGAGACGUGUCUUUGAUUCUGAAGCAUGUGACGAUUAAUGACGCUGGACCAUACGUGUGUGGUGUCUUCAUUGAAGGAACACAAUCAUCGGAUCUCAUCAGCAUCAUCAAACUGAGAGUUGUUGAUCCUCCAGAGCAGAAACUCAUCACAGCUGAGCCUGGACAGGACGUCACUCUGACAUGUCGAGCUCCAAACAACAUCACAGGUGUAGAGUGGAGCAGAGCUGACCUGGGAGAUGAACAUGUGCUUUUGUACCGGGAUGGGAAGUUUGAUCUAGACAACCAGCAUCAAUCUUUUAAGAACCGGUCUGAUCUGCAGGACAGACAGAUGAAGGAUGGAGACGUGUCUUUGAUUCUGAAGCAUGUGACGAUUAAUGACGCUGGAACAUACGAGUGUGGUGUCUAUGUGGUAGAAAGAAACUCAUUGAAGAUUCUCAGCAGCAUCUAUCUUCAUGUUGUUCCUCCAGACCAGAAAAUCAUCACAGCUGAGCCUGGACAGGACGUCACUCUGCCAUGUCGAGCUCCAAACAAGAAGAUCAGAGGUGUAAUAUGGAGCAGAACUGACAAGCCACCAUUUGUGGUUUUGUACCAGGAUGGUCGCUUUGUUAUAGAUGACCAGCAUCCAACUUUUAAGAACCGGGUGGAUCUGCAGGACAGACAGAUGAAGGAUGGAGACGUGUCUUUGAUUCUAAAGAAUGUGGCGAUUAAUGACACUGGAACAUACAUGUGUCGUGUCCUCAUGGAAAGAACCGGCUCAUUGAAGCUCAUCAGUAUCGUCUACUUGAGUGUUCCUGCAGGUCAGACAGGAGGACACACAGAGGAUGGAGGCAAAAAAGAUGGAGAACAGAAAAACAUCACAGCUGAGUCUGGACAGAACGCCACUCUGACAUGUCGAGCUCCAAACAACAAGAUCAGAGUUGUAAAGUGGAGCAGAGCUGACCUGACAGAUGAACAUGUCUUUAUGUACCAGGAUAAACCUGAUUCAGCCAACCAGCAUCCAUCUUUUAAGAACCGGACUGAUCUGCAGGACAGACAGAUGAAGGAUGGAAACGUGUCUUUGAUUCUGAAGAAUGUGACGAUUAAUGACACUGGAACAUACAUGUGUCGUGUGUUCAUGAAUAAAACAAAGUCAUGGAGCAACAUCAGCAUCAUCCACCUUCAUGUUGUUCCUCCAGACAAGAAAAACAUCACAGCUGAGCCUGAAGAGCAAGUAAAAGGACCUGUGAUCAAGAGCACCAAACUUAAUGUUCCUGCAGGUCACACAGACAACAAAGAUGAAGGGACGGAGAAUGGAUCUUUUCGACUGAUAGUUGGUCUGUCAGUUUCUGCUGUGCUUCUUCUUGUUGUUGCUCUUGUUAUUAAUCUGAUCUGCAGAAAAUAUGAGAAGGGUUUUAGCACAAUAAAACAACAAGAGAGAAUGAAACGUAAAAAAGCAAUUGAAAGGUCAGGAAAGUAUUCCAAGCUGAACUCUGAGCCUGAUUGUUAACUCACUGUUACCCAACAUGAUGAAAAACAGAUGAUCAAGGACAGAAAGAAACUGAUGAUGCUUCAUGUGACUUUUUCCUCCUUAAGUCCAGCCCACUGGAAGACAGCUUGUACUUUCUUCUCCUCAGCUGGCAUUUUUUUAGUUUAUAAAUCCAUUUUAUCCAAUUUGACAGAGUUUACAAACUGUUAUAGACUCAGACUGGGCUGAAACUUGAUGACUUUUCCUAAACUGACCCAAAAUACAAAAUACAGAUGAUACAAUCUUUUUUUACUGUAAUGGUGUUUUGGGACAAGUUUGUCUCGUGUUUGUUCAGAUGGAUCCUUAGAUCCAUUAGUUUGACUAAAAUUAAGCAACAUUUAGGGAAAUUUGACACUGUGAAAACAUUUUCAUAUAAACUCACAAAGAUGAUGUACACACUCAUGUUUGUGUGUCUUUAAUCAGACAGAAUUGGGUCUCAUAUGGCUCACAUGAGACCCAAUUCAUGGCUGAACCCUUUAAGGGCGACAUGAAAACAGAUGUCAUACAUGUCCUGAAGUGGAUUGUGGAUUUCUGACUUAAUCAUUACAGCAGUGAGGUCAGUGUGAUGAACUAAUGCUCUGUUCUCCGGCCUGACACAGCUUUAACUCCAAACAUCUCUCCACUGUUAGAGGUUCAGUUUUUUAUGGCCUGACAGUGUGAAGCCUCCACCUACAUCACUGAACUGCUCCACCCUGCUCCACGUCUGUACUCUUGUCUCUGUGACCUUCUUUAAACAGCUUGUUUUUGUUUUUGGUGUUUUGCUCAGCUGUGACCUUUUUUAACAUUGUUUUGUAACUUUGUUUUUUUUAUGUCUCUGUAAUAAAAGUUUGUUUUUUAAAGACAAAGACAAUGAUAAUGAGUGAAAU